CAGGUAAUAAUAAGAUGACGGAAGUAUUAGGCACUUUAGUGUACGCAUUUGUCUCUGUAAUUUUCCUCAUAGCAGCUCUGAAACGUCUCAUGAGGAAGAAGAAGAAGACUGAUAACUAUUCCAAUUCUAACCUCCCUCCAGCCCCAUACCCGAAGCUCCCAAUCCUCGGCCACCUCCACCUCCUCAAACCCCCGAUGCACCGCAGCCUCCACAGCCUCUCCCUCAAACACGGCCCCAUCUUCACCCUCCAGCUCGGCGUCCGCCGCGCCGUGGUGGUGUCCUCCCCCUCCGCCGUGGAGGAAUGCUUCACCAGGAACGACGUCGUCCUCGCGAACCGCCCCGGCACCAUGGCCGGAAAGUACAUCGGCUACAACUACACCAUCGUGACCGGGUCCCCCUACGGCGACCACUGGCGCAACCUCCGCCGCAUCUGCUCGCUGGAGCUCUUCUCCGCCGCCCGCCUCGCCGCGUUCCAAUCCGUCCGCCGGGAGGAAACCGGGUUCCUUUUGAAGAAUCUGCUCCAGAUCUCGAGUCAGGGGAUUGGGGCGGCGGUCGAGCUCAAGUCCAAAUUCUCCCAGCUGUCGUUCAACGUCAUGCUGAGGAUGAUCGGCGGGAAGCGGUGCUACGGCGUGGAGGAAGACGGGGAGGCGGAGAACUUCCGGGAGCUAAUAAAGGAGGUGGUGAAGUACGGCGGAGCAUCAAAUCCGUGUGACUUUAUCCCGUUCUUGAGGUGGAUCGAUUACAAGAAGAUGGAGACGAAUUUGAAGAGGGUGAGUGAGAAGAUGGAUUCGUUCUUGCAAGGACUGGUUGAUGAGCACCGCCGCGACAGUGGCCGGAACUCCAUGAUUAAUCAUCUGCUCUCCAUGCAGGACUCCCAGCCAGAGUAUUACACCGAUCAAAUCAUCAAAGGCCUAAUGAUGGUGAUGUUACUGGUUGGAUCGGACACUACGGCGGCGACAAUGGAGUGGGCAUUAUCCAUCCUGCUGAACCAUCCAACGGUUCUACACAAAGCCCGGUCCGAGAUCGACGGCGUGGUGGGACCAGACCGGGUGAUGGACGAAGACGACCUGCCAAAGCUGAAGUACCUUCAGAACAUAAUCACGGAGACGCUCCGGCUGUUCCCGGCGGCGCCGCUUCUGGUGCCGCACUACUCGUCGGCCGACUGUAAAAUAGGCGGGUACGACGUUCCGCGGGGCACGAUGUUGCUGGUCAACGCGUGGGCCAUCCACAGGGACCCCAACCUGUGGGAGGACCCCACGAGCUUCCGGCCGGAGAGGUUCGACGGCGGCGAGCACGUGGAGGUAACGGAGCUCCUGCCGUUCGGAAUGGGGAGGAGGUCGUGCCCGGGGGCCGGGCUUGCCCGGAGGGUCAUGGGGUUGGCUUUGGGGUCUAUGAUACAAUGUUUUGAGUGGGAGAGGGUUGGGGCAGGGGAGGUGGAUUUGGGUGAAGGGGUAGGGGUGACCUUGUUCAAAGCUGAGCCGCUUGUCGCCAAGUGCAAGCCCCGCCGGUUCGCUCACAGCAUACUAGUGUCACACAACACCUAGGCUUGGCUACACAUUGUAAAAUAAUUGUAAUAAUUGGUGUAUGUAUCUCUUUGGAAUAAUACUUGUUGAACAAAAUAUAGACAUGUUCUUUUC